GUCUCUUCACUUUUUCAUUAUUAGCUAUAGUAGUCUUAGAAAGGGAAACUCUAUUGAUAGUCCCAGACCCAACUAUAAUAUCUUGUUGCUUUCUUUUUCUUUUGGUGAUGAGUCCGUGACUGUACUAGAUAUGUUACUAUGUUAAGCUCAUGAGCUGUCGUCUUACCUUUGUCAGAUGAGUGGAAUAGUAAGACCAUUCAAUAGAACCAUAUACAAAGUUAUAGACACAUGUGUGUUUGUGUGUGGGACACUUUUAAUUCUUGCAUUCUAGUUGAACUGGUUUACUUUGUAACACAUUAUGGUUCCUCAAUACUCUAGAUAAUCAUUCUCGUGUUCCAUAUAUGAUAGCUUAUGAACAACUAUGAGUAUGCAUAUGCAUACAUAUCUCCUUUGUGACUAAGUGCGUAUUAUAUCAUUGGUGAAACUGAACAAACGUGAUAGACACACAAACACGAGAAUUCUCCAAACCUCGGCGCACGAGUUUCAACUUAAUUAUAAAAAAAAAAUUAAGAUGAUAAAUGUUUAGUCAAAAAAUUGGUCAAAAUUCGAUAUGUUUUCUUGUAGUAUAUAAAGUUCCUCACACAUAUUUGUGUCCUCCCAAGAAACCAAGUGGUAGCUAAACAUCAGAUUAAAAACAGGGAAAAACAAUUCUUGUCAUUGAACAUAGCAAAACUAUACGUUUUUGAAUAUUAAUAUAACAUGUUUCACAUACACUAAGAAAAAUAUGUAAAUAUCUAUUUCUAGUUAUAUUGAGUUGAUAUAAUAAAGAUAAACACAAGAUUAAUUUUUGUAAACUGUAUUAAAAAUACAAAACAACACCGCUCAUUAAAUGGAGAGAAUAAUAAAAUUCACCAAUUAUAAAAGAAGAUCAAAACCGCUCCUCAGUUCUCUACAUCAAAUCUAUGAAAAAAAAUGACAGACAUUUCCAGUCUCUUUAGAAACCGAAGUCGCAAGGACCAACUUGACUAUGGUUUAACUGUGAUAGUUAUAUCAACUCUUUGUUGGUGUCUUUGGCUCUACGCCAAAUGCAAACGGCGGUCUCCACCGUUGCCGCCGGGACCUUGGGGCCUUCCCAUUAUCGGAAACCUUCCAUUCCUCCAACCGGAGCUUCACACCUACUUCCAAGGGCUGGCUAAAAAGCACGGUCCCAUUUUCAAACUCUGGCUCGGGGCCAAGCUCACAAUCGUGGUCACCUCUUCUGAAGUAGCGCAAGAGAUUCUCAAAACGAAUGACAUCAUCUUCGCGAACCACGAUGUCCCUGCUGUGGGCCCUGUUAACACGUAUGGUGGUACGGAGAUCAUUUGGUCGCCGUAUGGACCAAAGUGGCGGAUGCUGAGGAAGCUAUGUGUUAAUAGGAUACUGAGAAACGCCAUGUUGGAUUCCUCCACUGACCUCCGUCGCCGAGAGACUCGGCAAACCGUCCGGUAUUUGGCGGACCAGGCUCGGGUCGGUUCACCAGUUAACCUGGGAGAACAAAUAUUCUUGAUGAUGUUGAAUGUUGUGACGCAGAUGCUAUGGGGAACAACGGUUAAGGAAGAAGAGAGGGAGGUUGUUGGAGCCGAGUUCUUAGAGGUGAUUAGAGAGAUGAACGACCUCCUGCUAGUGCCCAAUAUCUCCGACUUUUUCCCGGUAUUGAGCCGGUUUGAUCUUCAGGGUUUGGCUAAGCGUAUGCGAAGACCGGCUCAAAGAAUGGAUCAGAUGUUCGACCGGAUCAUUAACCAACGGUUGGGGAUGGAUAGGGACAGUAGUGACGGGAGAGCUGUGGAUUUUCUAGACGUCUUGUUGAAAGUCAAGGAUGAAGAAGCUGAAAAGACGAAGUUGACCAUGAACGAUGUCAAGGCCGUACUCAUGGACAUGGUGCUCGGUGGUACAGACACAUCACUGCACGUAAUAGAAUUCGCGAUGGCCGAGCUAUUACACAACCCCGAUAUCAUGAAGAGAGCUCAACAAGAGGUUGACAAAGUUGUGGGAAAAGAAAAAGUUGUGGAAGAAUCUCACAUCUCUAAACUUCCAUACAUUCUCGCCAUUAUGAAAGAAACUCUAAGGCUUCACACGGUUGCUCCACUCCUUGUUCCUCGGCGCCCGUCACAAACCACCGUGGUGGGCGGCUUCACCAUCCCUAAAGAUUCAAAGAUUUUCAUCAACGCGUGGGCAAUCCAUAGGAACCCGAAUGUAUGGGAGAAUCCACUGAAGUUUGAUCCCGACAGGUUUCUGGAUAUGUCUUAUGACUUCAAAGGAAAUGACUUCAAUUAUCUACCGUUUGGGUCUGGUCGUAGGAUAUGCGUGGGAAUGGCUAUGGGCGAGAGGGUUGUUCUUUACAAUCUCGCUACGUUUUUGCAUUCUUUUGAUUGGAAAAUUCCGCAAGGAGAGAGAGUGGAGGUCGAGGAGAAGUUUGGGAUCGUGUUGGAGCUAAAGAAUCCACUUGUUGCCACGCCCGUUCUAAGGUUGUCCGAUCCAAAUCUUUAUCUCUAGGGUCUUAAGUUCAACACAAAGGAACUGAAUGUUCUACAAUUCGAGCUUAUUUGUGUGUCUUGUAUGAUUUAAUAAAAGCCGUUCAAUGAGUCAAUGACUUUAUUACGUGAAUAAAAAUCUCCAUAACUCAUGUGUUGCACAAAAAAAAAAUUCAUUCAUGUGUUGUAUCUUGUAUGAUUAUAAUAAAAGGCGUACAAUAUCUUUAUCACGUGAAAACCCAUUGUUUCCAUUUGUAUCUAUACUCUAUAGUGACAAGGGAGCAUCUCUUCUUUCAAUGUGUUUUCUCAAAGUUUCGAAUGGCUGGACAAAUA